UUAUACAUUCCCCACCGCAUCGCCGCCGCCGCGCCUCAGCCUGCGGCACCUCCUCCGCCAUGGAUCCCGCUGCUCGCUAGCCACUCUCCUCUCACCGGUUGUCCUGCGUCGGCCGCGUUCAUCCUGCGCCGCCCCGCGUCGCCCCCGGUCGUCCAGCCACCUGACGCCGACGCGCCACUCCGGCAGCUGGCCCUCUACUCCAGGCGCCGCCACCGCCCGGCCACCCAACGCCGACGCCCCACUCCAGCAGCUCCCCGACCAGCUCCGCGAGAUAGUGAGCCACUUUUGCACAAGCCGCAAUGGGCUGGUGCUCCCCGUCCACUCCCCGGCAGCUGCUAUCCACCGUCGCACUCUUCGCCUUCGGCGCAGGGCUCCUCACCUACGGCGCACACCUCUCCUACGUCCACAUCGAGCCCCAGCGCGAGCGCACGCUCGCCCGCGAUCAGUUUGUCCGCGACUACUUACGCAGGAAGCACGACAAGUAGCCUGCAUCCUCUCCUAUUCCGGGUCCAUUGCUCGGCAACGAUGUCUUUGUGCCCCAUGAGCCCCAGCGUCAGGCCUGUGAUUGCGGAGAUGGAGAUGAACGCCGGCACCGACCAGGAUGCCACUACCGUGCGGGCCACUGUUGUGCAGGCCUGUGGGAUGUUCCAUGACACCCCUGCAACGUUCGAGCACACCGCGGUUUGCCCUGGAGGGAGUUCCAUCAUCUCGCCAUCUGGGGCAGUGUUGGCAGGCCCCAACUAUGAGGGCAAGGCCCUCCUCGCAGCUGACCUGGACAUUGGUGAAAUUGUUCGGGCGAAGUUUGAUAAGAUCCGAGGCGCACGACUGACGAUGUUUUGAGGACCUGAUUGAUGACCAGCAAUCUUUCCGUAGCUGUGUGUAACAAAAUCCAUGUUGGCAAUACAGCAAUAGUUGUGCCUUUGUAUUUCUUGUAAGGGCAUCUACAAUACAUACAUACUAUAUACAUCUACC